AUGUCUUCCGACGAUGUUCCACCAGUAUCUCAACACAAACCAUCGUCUACUUUCGCAGAUGUCUUCAAGACGCUAGGUGUCGGCCGUCCCAAAUCGCAUUCCCCGGUUUCCUUGCAAGAAAGCAGUAGCGAUUCGUUAUCGCAUACAGACACUCGCAGCACCAAUCGACUCAUAUACAGUCUCGAAUCAAUGCAUCGUGGUAGCGUCGUGUCGAGUUCCUCGGACACUCCUAGUGGCCCGGACUUUGAAACGUCGCUCCAACACUUGUCGCAAACUCAGAACUUAACUCGGGCGAUUGAGGAAGCGGAGAAUCUGUCAAAAACUUUGCACUGGUUUAGCUCAGAGCAGUCUGUGGUGCUAUGGGAAGCAGCAGAACAUCUCUUGCGUCAUGAGCGAGACUUGGAUGCCCAGAGAAGUGGUGCUCAGUUGCUAGAGGCAAUUGCGGCACGUCAAGAUCUAUCUCCAGCAGCUAGGCGCCAGAUAUUUGAAUCGAUAGCCACCCCCACAGUACCUGAUGUGAUCUCUGCACGUGUGCAGGCUUUGAUUUCUUUGUCCGAUCAUGGACGGAAGUUAGAUUUCGCCAACUCUUCAAUUCUUCAUGUUGUCUCAUCUUGGAUCGUUCCUCUCUAUGAGGUUAUCGCAUCUGCACGAUCCAAGGCGAAGAAAGGGAAGGUCAUCAACCCGAACGGAAUGAGUCACGAUGAAUCAGCUUUGGGAGAUAUAUUCCAGUUUGCGGUGGACCUGAUCAUUUUACAGCGGAAGAAGCCAACUCAGGAGGAAAUUGAAAUGCUUCUUACUGAGUCGUUCAUCACCUGCAGGAGAACCAGUGUCGCAGCUGACAUUAAGAACUCGUUAUCUGUAUUUGAUGCUGUGAUCAUGUAUGCCGAUAUACCUGAUACAAGCUUCCCUACUCUUUUGGAAGUCCUUUGCAGCAUCCAUGCGUCAGUCAAAUCACUUUCUGGGCCCACAUCGCGUGCGGUGCGCAGUUUGGCCAAAUCCCGCAGGCAAGCAGAAAUGGUGAACACCCUCCAUCAGUUCUUAAGAGAAUCGUGUGCUGUUGAACAGACUCGUAACAUGAAUGUUCUUCGUGGGACUAUUCAUGUGUUCUCAGAUUUUGUCCGUGCAUACGGUCAAGAUGGUAUGCCACAGCUUCCUUUCGAUCAGUUAAUAGAGUCCUUGCAAGUUAUUGCGCAAAAGGACGAUGGUCGUGUGGACUCAGAUAUCCUGGAUUUGUGUCUUAACAUCCUCGAAGGCGACUAUCUUCGUGUUGCCUUGGCACGUGAUUGGAAGGCGUUCGCUGACCUUCUGGUGUUAUGCUCUCGUAGAGUUGUGGACGAGUCUGCCAUCUCUCCCAUCUCAACCAGUUCCAAGCCCACUGAAGACAUCAAACCCUACAUUCUUACGACCCUCAACCUGGUUGCUUCCGUCCUUGAAACCCAGUGGGAACAACUCAACCAAGAGCAAAAACAGCACGCCGGUCGAUUCCUCAUGAAGAGCUACCAGCAUAUCGAGCCUACACAGGCUGAACUCAUCAUCCACUUGAUGAGAGAGGACAAGCUUUGUGAGCCGCGUGAAGAUUCAUCCUGGGUCCAACAUUGCCGUGAACUUAUUGAGCGAUUUGUUCAACCUCGUAAACAGAGCUCCGACAUUCGCAUCUUAGCCUUGGACACACUCAAAGAGGCUCUUUCGGGUCACGAAGCUUCCAUUUACUGCCAGGAGCACGGUCUUCUCAAUCUUUUGCUAAGAGACUUCUCGGCAGAGCAUGAUCUUCUUUUCUUGGAGUCGCUGGUCUCGUUGCUGACUGACCCUGCCAUUCAACACAGCAAUGACGAAACAUUCAAGUUAUUGAUUGAUGUUAUCGGAGCUCCGAUGCAGAGGGACUCCAGCCCAGUUGAACCACGCGAUACUGCCAACUACGCAUCUCCUCGCCGUACAUCUACCACAAGCGCAAGUGUUCUGGAGUUAAGCCUGACAAAUGUGUGUGCCGUCGGUCUUGUGAAGAUGUUGCUGCGUGCCUUGAACCACUCUUCUACCAAAGCUGUGAUGGUGUUUGAGGCACUCCUCAGCAUUGCACAGUCUGCAAGCCGCCCAACGGACGCUCGCCUGACUGUUUUGAAGCUACUCUUCCGACUGCGCUGUGACUCAGACGGGUCUGUGACAGUCAUAUCAACCUCGGAGAAUGACUUCCUGAUGAACGUUCUGGGUCGAAACGUAGACGGUGGCUCUAAGCUACAAGCACUCGGUGACAGCCCUGUUUCCCGCGAAGCUACCCAGCAGGAUCUUUUCCCAGGCUCUCCCAGUGGAAAACUUCCAAUGAGAGAAACUUCUAUCUCGAAGUCAGCUCCAGGACGUGGUUCUGUCUCUGCCCGUGGAUCAAAGCUGACUGCCCCAUCCUGGACAUAUGCUUUUCCGCAGGUGCUUCCUGAACAGCCCCCUGGAGAGUCCAGCCCUGUUGUUUUUGCAUACGCACACUCAGAGCCAAUCAACCCUAAAAACUCAACUGAGUCAACUGCGCCAGAACUUACUAUCACAGGAGUACUGAAGGUGAAGAUGUGGCUCGAGGUAGUAAUCACUCUGCUGCAACGAGAGGCCGACUGGGAUGUAUACAGCUAUGUUCUUACUCAUUUGGGACCUCAGCUUGGCAACCAAGACUUUUUCAGAGACGCCAUUCCUCAGGUUACGCUCUUGCGCAGCAUCCUCUGUGACCAAGUGAAAAAUGGGACUUUUCACGAGCCUCCCGAAACCACUGGUUUGAAAAAGAGCGAUGUGGCUGCCUGCAUCUUCGAUGCGCUUUGCAUGCUCGUCAGUUAUCAUCAGCACCUUGCUAAAAGUGAAGAGGAUGACCUUGUUCGUGCUUUCAUGCAAGGUAUCAUCGGAUCAUGGGGUGGCACUUCCCGCGGUUGCAUUCAAGCUCUGUCACUCUGUUGUUAUGAGAUCCCUAUGUCGGUGACCAAGUCAUUGACCAGCAUUCUUGACAGAAUGUCUAAGGUGAUUACUAUGUCAAACAUUGCUGUCCAUAUCUUGGAGUUUCUGGCUUUGCUUGCACGGCUACCAGAUGUGUACGUCAACUUGCGCGAGGAAGAAGUGCGCACCGUGUUUGGAAUUUGCAUUCGCUUUCUGCAAACCUCAAGAGAGCAACGAUAUAAAGCAGCUCAGUCAUCCCAAACUGCCGAGACUGCCGAUCCCUCUCCGCAGGAUGGCAUGUCUAAAUACAUUUCUAACCUCACCUACCACGUCAUGGUCUUCUGGUUCCUGUCUCUGAGAUUGCAGGACCGUCCCAAACAUGUGAACUGGAUCACGAGCAGACUCAUUUAUCAUGAUGAACAUGGCAAGGAGGUUGUUGAGGAACAAAGUCAAGUCUUGAUUGAUCUGAUGCAGCGUGUUGCCUACUCGGAUCUUGGAGAGACCAUUCCUUUUGAGACGUUCCCUCCUUCUCCUGAGGAUGGUCUCGUUUCCAAGAAGUCCUGGGUUGUCGGUAUGAGCAUCGUCACUGUGGAGAGUGCCGGGGUGUCUGGCAUUUCUCAAAUCACCAAGCGUCAGGCAUCAGGAACCACAUAUUCGGUUUAUCAACAGCGCACGGCCCCGGUUCUGCCACAUCAAGUGCCUCCAACACUUGAUGCCCAUUUGCAUUCUGACUCCAUGCACACAGCCGUUCUUCCGAGUCACAUCAUGCUCCAAUUGACUGCGACUGCUUUCCCUACACCAACGGUCAUGCAGCCUAUACCGGUCCCAGAAGACGACAUCACCCGCCGCGCAAUCAGCAACUUUGAUCGAACCGAUAUUGUGGAUGGUCACCGUAUCGGCAUUGUCUAUGUCGGUAAUGGCCAAACAAAGGAGGCAGAUAUCCUCGCCAACACAGGGGGCUCUGCGGACUAUGAGCAUCUGUUGUCCGGCUUAGGCACGAAAGUGUCUCUACGGAACCCUCAAUUCAAUCCACAAGGAUUGUAUGCCGACACUGAUGGCGAAGUCACCUACGCUUGGCGAGAUCGUGUUACCGAAAUUGUGUACCACGUGGCGACAAUGAUGCCUACGGACCUUGAGCAUGACCCAGCCUGCAUCAACAAGAAACGAAACAUUGGCAACAACCAUGUUACCAUCGUGUUCAAUCGGUCCAACCUGCCCUUCAACUUUGACACAAUUCCGUCCGAGUUCAAUUCCAUCAACAUUGUCAUCACCCCGUCAUCUCGUAUCGCCUAUGACGAAGAUGAGAAUGUCAAAGGCGAAAGCGACCCGCAGGACUUGUUCUACAGUGUUCAAGUCAUGAGCAAGCCCGGAUUCCCUGAUGUUUCACCUGCUGCAACGCCCAAAAUUAUCUCCGGCAAGAAUCUGGCGGCCUUCGUUCGGAUUCUCGCGCUCAACGCGUCCGUCUUCUCGCUUGUCUGGAAUAACAAGGGCGGUGAGCACUUCACUUCCUGGCGCACUCGUCUGCGUGAAAUCAAAAAGGUUCGCGAGCGUUCUCUUACAGCCCAGGCGCAACCCUGUGAACCCGAAGGAGCGUACCCUGGCCAGCGUCGUGGUACUAAAGCGAACAUCUUCUCUGAGGAACUGCCGUCGCGUGCGCCCCAGGUGCAGACCGACUUUGCAGCAGAGUGGAACGCAGCGGCAGAUACAAACAUCUUGCAGAACCUGGACUUCUCUCGCUGGUCUCGUUGA